UUUACCCUCCUUGCUGUCCUGUACCCUUUGUGCUGGGCUUCUCCCCCUAGGCCAUGGAUGACUUGUCCCAUACAAGCUUUGGCUUCUGCAUAGGGCCUAGAUGCAACUAAUCCCACUGGAGGGGUGCUUGGAGAAGCGUAGGGUUUGUGUUGGUAAUGGCAUGUUUUGUGCAUUGGAUUUUUAACCCUCUCCUGCCUGCAUGGAUGUGUAACACUGACUCUUUUGUUUAACAUUAGAUAAGCAUGAGGUCACCGUGGCACAGCUGCAUGUGUAGUCACUCUUGAAGCAGUUGCACACCUAGCUGGCUGACAAUCUUGGCAUUUGAAAGGCGAGCCUUCUAAAGACAGGGAGUGUUUCUGCAUGAGCAGUCACACAGCCCUGCCGGGUGUCACCAAUGGAGCCCUCUGGCACCGAACAGUUGUGUGAUGACCCUGAUCCUGGAGGCAGAUCCCAAGAUCAAGAGACCAAAAAGCAACACGAGUCUGAGCAAAAAUUGUCCAAAAUAACCCACAAUGCUUUGGAGAACAUUAAUGUGAUUGGCCAAGGCUUGAAGCACCUUUUCCAGCACCAGCGCCGGAGGUCGUCCGUCUCUCCGCACGAUGUUCAGCAAGCGCAGGCUGAGCUGGAGCCCGAGGUGGAGCUGGAAAGCCAGGGCGUCUGUGCUGACAUUGAUGGUGUCUCCACCCACCCCACAGCUCUGAACCGGGUGCUGCAGCAGAUCAGAGUGCCACCCAAAAUGAAGAGGGGCACGAGCCUGCACAGCAGGCGGGGCAAGGCAGAGGCCCCGAAGGGCAGCCCGCAGAUCAACAGGAGGUCCGCCCAGGAGAUCCAGGUGGGGCGGCCCAGGUCCUCAUCCACUACUGAUGCUCCCACAAACCUGUCUGUGAUGGAGAUUGCUGCUUCUGUCUAUGUAGGUGGAGAGGAGGCCACGGCAGCAGCAAUCGAGCGAUUGGAAGUCAGCAGCCUAGCGCAGACGUCCAGCGCAGUGGCCUCAAGCACUGAUGGUAGCAUCAAUGCAGACUCUGUUGAUGGGACCCCCGACCCUCAGCGUACAAAAGUGGCUAUCACACACUUGCAGCAGAAGAUCCUGAAGCUGACCGAGCAGAUCAAGAUCGAGCAAACAGCCCGCGAUGACAACGUGGCGGAAUACCUGAAACUGGCCAACAAUGCAGACAAGCAGCAGACUGCCCGCAUCAAGCAGGUGUUUGAGAAGAAGAACCAAAAGUCAGCCCAGACCAUCUUGCAGCUGCAGAAGAAGCUGGAACAUUACCAUCGGAAGCUGCGAGAGAUUGAACAGAACGGGAUCCCUCGGCAGACAAAGGAUGUCUUCAGGGACAUGCACCAGGGCUUGAAGGAUGUUGGAGCAAAAGUCACAGGCUUUAGCGAGGGAGUCGUAGACAGCGUGAAAGGCGGGCUGUCCAGUUUCUCCCAAGCCACACAUUCAGCAGCAGGCGCUGUGGUUUCCAAACCCCGGGAGAUUGCCUCCCUCAUAAGGAACAAGUUUGGGAGUGCAGACAACAUUGCUAAUCUGAAAGACUCCUUGGAAGAAGGCCAGGAAGAUGGGGCCGGAGGCAAGGCUCUAGGCGUUAUUCAGAACUUUCAGUCGAGCCCAAAGUAUGGCAGUGAAGAGGAUUGCUCCAGUGCCACAUCGGGCUCCGUGGGAGCCAACAGCACUACAGGAGGCCCUGUGGGAGCUUCCAGCUCCAAAACAAACACUCUGGAUAUGCAGAGCUCAGGGUUUGAUGCAAUACUGCAUGAAAUUCAAGAAAUCCGAGAGACACAGGCAAGGUUGGAAGAGUCGUUUGAGGACCUCAAGGUUCGCUACCAGAGGGAUUACUCCCUGGUAAUGCAGACCCUGCAGGAGGAGCGCUACAGAUGUGAGAGACUGGAGGAGCAGCUGAACGACCUGACUGAGCUCCACCAGAACGAGAUCCUCAAUUUGAAACAGGAGCUGGCCAGCAUGGAGGAGAAGAUUGCCUACCAGUCCUACGAGCGAGCCCGGGACAUCCAGGAAGCCCUGGAGGCCUGCCAGACUCGCAUCUCCAAGAUGGAGCUGCAGCAGCAGCAGCAGCAGGUGGUGCAGCUGGAGGGGCUGGAGAACGCCACAGCCAGGAACCUGCUGGGGAAGUUCAUCAACAUCCUCCUGGCCGUCAUGGCUGUCCUCCUGGUCUUCGUCUCCACCGUGGCCAACUGCGUGGUGCCACUGAUGAAGACUCGCAACAGGACGUUCAGCACUUUAUUCCUGGUGGUUUUCAUUGCCUUUCUGUGGAAGCACUGGGACGCCCUCACCGGCUACUUGGAACGCUUUUUGUCCCCUCCCAGAUGAUGGUGGCAGGAGCUGGCCGUGCCGCCCGCCCGCCGGCGCGCCGGGCGAGAGCCUGGGCGGGCCGUGGCGGGAGCCAGUGGAUCUGUUUACAUUAGAGCAACGAUUUCUCUGCCAGAUGCAUUGCAAUAGUAUUUUUUAGAUUUUAUUCAAGAACUCUUUUUGGUGAGAAUCCUGGAUAAUUUUUAUGUAGCAUGGUUCUCUUUGGAUGCAAAUCUCGAGGUUCUUUGAAGCGUACAAAAGAAACAAACAACACACAGAGAUGUGGAGCACGCCAAGGGGCACUUCAGAUGUGGCUUCAGCUGCUGCGCUAGGGCCUGGCAGCAGGAGGAGAGCCUGGGGAGCUUACCGUGGGCCGGGCUCAGCCGGCGCUCAGCCUCCAGCAGCGGUACCGCAGCGACCCCGCAACACUAAACUCGUACUGUGAAGUCUGCUCACAUUCCAUGGCCGGCUGCAGGCGCUCGGAGUGCUUCCCUGCCUUCACAAGAGCCAGGCAGCAGUGUGUGGAUCUCCUGCCCAGCUCCACGUCCGGGCUGGCCGCGGGCGCUGGCCUGGCUGGCGGCAGCACU